AUGGCAGCAACUAUUAACGGUUACUGUGAUUCCAAAUUAUCCUCUGUCUAUACCUUGCUAGAGCAUGUUAUUGAAUCGGAAGAGGAACUGGGCGCAUCAAUUGUGGUCAACAUUAAUGGGCAAAAUGUGGUGGAUAUUUGGGAAGGCUACUUCGAUGAGGCUCGCCAAAAACGAUGGGAGAGAAAUACGAUCGUAAACGUAUUUUCUACAACGAAAACGGUCACGGCUCUUGCUGCAUUACUAAUGAUCGAUUGUGGGAUUGUUGGUGCCAACGCAAAAGUUUCAGAUUACUGGCCGGAAUACGCAGCUAAUGGAAAAGAAAAUACUUUGGUCCGUCAAAUUCUCUGUCAUACAGCGGGUGUUCCGAGCUGGGAUCGGCCAAUGACUAUAGAAGAUGUGUGUGACGUCGAGAAAUCCACGGCAAUACUUGCAGUAGAAGCACCAUGGUGGACUCCCGGCAUUUGUUUAGGUUAUCACUCUUUCAUGAUGGGCCAUCUCAUUGCGGAAAUCGUUCGUCGAAGAACAAGGAAGUCCCUCAAACAAUUCGUGGCUGAGGAUAUUGCCGCUCCACUACAGGCAGACUUUCAGAUCGGGGCGAUAGAAGAAGACUGGCCUCGUGUGUCAGAUGUAAUACCGCCCCCAAACAAGCCGCAGGAAGAUGCUUCGAACCUCGAACAACUCUCAAUCAGUGAUCGUGUAAAAAUUAACCCGCCUUAUCAUCCUCGGUUUGUCAACACUAGGGCGUGGAGACUUGCAGAACUUGGGGGCGGAAAUGGUAAUGGUAAUGCUCGAUCUCUGGCUCGCAUUAUGUCCACUGUCUCACUAGGUGGCAAGGCUGAGGGCACGCAGAUACUUUCACAACAGUCUAUUGACGAGAUUUAUCAAGAACAAAUUUCAGGCAUAGAUCUUGUCAUUGGUAGGUCUCUGCGUUUUGGAUUGGGGUUUGGUCUUACAGGCAAAGGUACAUUCAUCGACUGGAUACCUGAGGGUCGUGUCUGUUUUUGGGGCGGAUAUGGUGGCACUUUCGUUAUCAUGGAUGCAGACCGUUGCCUUACCAUAUAA